AUGUUUUUAUUAAACAACGAAAAGGAAGAAUCACCCAAGGAUAUUUUGUUGAAUGAAUUUAAAUAUAAAAUAAGAAUAUUAGCUGGUAUAAUGUUUGCUAUUAAAGCUAUUCCCAUGGUUAUUAAUGCGUUUAAUGAAAAAACAGAAUAA